CGCCAUCGUGCAGUCGCAAGCCGGUCGUCGGGCAGGGAGGAGGUGCGCUCGCUUCUUAUAUAUUUCUCAUACAUAUACAUAUGUAUGUAUAUAUGACGAGUACACGCUUGCAUACAUAUACACGUAUAUACAUAUAUAAAAUAUAUACACACAUAUAUAUAUACAUACACGUAUACACGUAAACGAUGGGUCGUGCGUCGUGGGUCGCGAGUCGCCGCCAAGGAUAAACGUCGUUGGUCGUCGCGACGCCGCCGCGUAGUGUGCGCGCAGGUACAUAUACCUCGUCGAAAAAAACAUAAGAGAGAGAGAAGCGUGUCUCUAAUGAGAAGAUUUCGCGAAUGAGAUUGUUAGGUGGAGCACACGCGAGUGCGAAACGCGCGGGAGUGGUAAAAGAAAGAUUUCAACGAAAGUAUUAAUCUCUCUCUCUCUCUUUUUCUUUCUUCCUCCUGUUCUGUUCUGUUCUGUUCUAUACCGUUCUGUUCUGUUCAGUCCUCGGUGUAUCUGUCCUGUCUACCCUCUCUCUCUGUUGGCAAGUUCGCGUACGAAAGGCUACGCGUCGCCGGGCGUACGUAAAGAAGGAUAGAUAGAUUGAUAGAUGGAUGUAUGGAUGAACGAACGGAUGGACGGAUAGACGGAUAUAAUAGAUAUAAUAGAUAGGUAAGAUAGAUAGAUGGAUAGAUAAAGAAAGAGAGUAGAAUGUGUAAACGGGGGAAAUAAAGUCAUUUAUUUCGUAUGUAUCGGACGGUGCAGUGCGCGAAAAGUGUGAGAGGGCAAUCGUGUCGUUUCUCUCUCUCUUUUCCUCCCUCUUUUCUCUGUCUCUUUCUCUCUUUUAUUCGCGCUCGCGCGUGACUGUGUGUGGCGGGUAUCGCGCAAAAACGAGAAACGGGAAGAGCGAGAUACAGGAAUACUGACGGUAGUUAAGGAAGGAGAAGAAGGAAGGAAGGAAGGAAGGAAGAAAGAAAGAAAGAAAGAAAGAAAGAGAGAGAGAGAGAGAGAGAGAAAAAAAGAAAGAAAAUAAAGAUAAAAGAAGAAGAAGAAGAAGAGGAAGAAGAGGAAGAAGAAGAGAAGGAAGAGAAUAAUCGUGGGGUGUGCUGCUGCUGCUGCUGUUGGUGGUACUAGUGGGUGGGGGAAAGGGACGACCUAGCGAGAAAAGAGAGAGAGAGAGAAGAAAAGAAAAGAAAAGAAAGCAAAAGAAAAAAGAAAAGAAAGAAAUAACAACGAAAACGAAAACGAAGCUGACGACGACGACGACGACGACGACGACGACGGUGGUGGUGUUGGUGGUAAUAGUGACAACGGUGUUGGCAAGGAAGAAAAAAAGCACGAUAAUAACAACAACAACAACAACAACAACAACAACAAUAACAAUAACAACAACAACGACAUUACAUGCGAGCACGGUGCGUGUAUCGCGUGCGAUUUUUCGUUUCGCGCGAAGGUGCGUCGUCACAAAUGACAGGGAGGUGAUCAAUGUGCACGAAAUAUGGCUGAGGAGCUGCUGGUCACCCUGAACCGCGGCGACUCCUCUGGAUUCGGUUUUUCUCUUCUCGGGACGGCGGGACUUCCUCACGUAAUUUACGACAUCGUCGAGAACUCGCCGGCUGCGAAGAGUGGCAAGGUCGAGGCCGGUGACGUCAUACUUAGGGUGAACGAAGUCGAUGUCAACCGAUUUAGUACUAAAGAAGCAUCUUUCUGUUUCAGUGCUGAAAUGUCUGCGGCUCUCAUCGGACCCCGUCACCCUGAAGCUAAGAAGGGAUCCCGCGAUAAAGGCGCACGUGCGUCGACUCCUGUCACCUGGGGAUGCAACGACCGAGGAGGAUGCAAGCGAAGUCGCGAAAUCAACACGCGAAGGAAAUACCAUCGCGCAAAACUCUAGAGACGUGAAAUCAUCUUCGAGUAGUGGUUGUGAGAACGAAGAAUCGAGAAAAUCUGGGUCGCCGGUUUUACCCGUUGGUUCACCUCAAGGUCCUCAAGGUGCAACGCAAUAUUCGACCAGAAGCAAUGGUUCCUACAGUGACCCUUCGGGUUCGUCCGACUUGGAGGCCCUUUUACCACCAAUGGAUAGCUUCAAGGAAGAGGAACGUGCUCAGUGGGAGCCACUUUCUGGUGAAAAGUUUGGUCGUCAGAAGAACACGCCUAGGUUCGAAGCUUAUAUGAUGACCGGCGAUCUCAUGCUGAACCUGUCGCGAACGCAGCAAAGCAGUGGUUUCCUGCCGAAGUACCAGAAGAAGGUCGACUCGCUUAGGUACAACAAUCAUCACUCUCACCAUCACCAUAAUCAUCACAAUCACCACCAUCAUAACUCGGUACCUACCAGUCCUAACGAGAUGUUAGGCCACCACCGUGCGUACAAGUGCACUGGCUCGAACUCGGCCAGCACCUCGCCGGUCGGGAUCAGCAAACGCGACGGCGGCCAAUGCACGAGCCAGGGCGACUCUAGCAAGCCCAAUGCCGCCGCGAGCAGUUUCGGUUAUUCGAGCGGCUUCGUCCGUACCUCGCGCUCCGAGGAUCACUUGCAAUUCCAAAAGGACCCUUCGAUGAGCGCGGUGGACAUAGACAUUGACGACGACGUCACGUCCAGCCUGAAUACCCUGUUGGACACGCGGCCGGAGAGCGGCCAGGGCCUGUCCAGCGAGAGGAUCGUCUGGACGUACAACGCGCCCGUCAGCUCGCCGUCCGCCUCGGAGCGCACCUCCUGCUGCCAAAAUGGUAGCUCCUCUCAAUCCUCUUCCUCCUCAUCCUCGAGUUCCUCCUCGUCGAGCGGCUCCUCGACGGAGGGUACCAGUCCACAGCGUUCCCUAUCACCUGCCUCCCCGACCUCGGUCUCGUCCUCCGUCAUGUCCUCCAAUUCUGGAUCCCGUAGGUUCCCACCGCCGGUACCGACCGCUCCGCCGGCCCUGGUGGGACCCUCGGGCGACGGGACCACCUCCUCGACCUCUGGCCUACAUCCCACCAACGGCGACCUCAGCCAGUCGGAGGCCAUCAGCAACAUGUCCAGUCCGGAUUACAACGACGAGGAGACCAUGGAUAUUCUCAGUGUGCGCGACAUUAUGAUGGUCAGUGAUCCCAGUGACAGUGACUCGACGAUACUCGCGAGCGAGCCGCCACAGAGGAGACUCAAGCCGAGUACUGCGUCGAACGCUACUAACGCUCCACCGACUUCUUACGCUCAGCAACAGCAGCAACAGCAGCAACAACAACAACAGGACUCUGCAGCCGAGCAUAGGAUAGUGAUCCAAGUUAAGGGACCGGACAAGGAUUCUUCAUCGAGAAACGCUAGUCCGAGACAGGCAAGGAGAAGGACGGUUCCAUCUGGGGCUGCUAGCGCAUCGUCCGUUGAUCUCUUGCCAUCGAACAUUUCGACGGUACAGAAUGCUGCUCAACGAUCCUCACCGUCGACUCUUACCUCUGGUAAUGUUACUCCAGAGUUCGUUGGUUAUCAGGAGCUCAAGGAAAGCGAGGACGAAAGGGAGGCUUAUAGUGCUGGAUUCUACGACGAUCAGAAACACAGUGGUGCCUCUCCACCUCAGUCGGCUGAUGAGGAAAGCGAUAUCGAGAGUCUCCAUAGCUUCCAUUACAGUCCAAAAGCGGUGGAUCUACCGUCCGCCGUUCGACUAGCUAAAAGGCUAUAUUCUUUAGAUGGCUUUAAGAAAUCCGAUGUCUCCAGACAUCUUAGUAAAAACAACGACUUCAGUAAAGCGGUAGCCGAGGAGUACUUGAAAUAUUUCAACUUUGAACGAGACACGCUGGACGUGGCUCUCAGAAAGUUCCUUGUUCAGUUCUCUUUAACUGGGGAGACCCAAGAAAGGGAGCGGGUUCUUGUACAUUUCUCUAAGAGGUAUCUUGAUUGUAAUCCCGGCACGUUUAACUCUCAAGAUGCAGUUCACACAUUAACAUGUGCUAUUAUGUUGCUGAAUACCGAUCUUCAUGGUCAGAAUAUCGGUAGAAAAAUGUCGUGUUCGGAGUUUAUAGAAAAUUUAUCAGAACUCAACGAUGGUGAUAAUUUCCCUAGGGAGGUGCUAAAGCAACUUUACAAUGCUAUCAAGUCUUAUCCCUUGGACUGGGCUUUGGAUGACGAGGGUGAUGAAACGACGACUCAGGUUAUCCAACAGGGUGAUGGACCAGCGAUAGCUGGUACUGGAAAUCCGUUUCUCGAUGUGCCAAAUGUUACAGGUGCUACGGAGUUCAAGAAGGGUUAUGUUAUGCGCAAAUGUUGUUAUGAUUCCAAUGGGAAAAAAACUCCUUUUGGAAAGAGAGGUUGGAAGAUGUAUUAUUGUACAUUGAGAGAGCUUGUAUUAUAUUUACAUAAGGACGAGCAUGGCUUCCGUAACGAUAGUUUGCACAACGCGAUACGUAUUCAUCAUGCAUUAGCGACGAAAGCGUCGGAUUACACGAAGAAGCAACACGUUUUCAGGCUACAAACUGCCGAUCAAGCGGAAUAUCUUUUCCAAACGAGCGAUUCCAAAGAACUUCAAUCGUGGAUCGACACGAUCAAUUUUGUAUGCGCCAGUUUCUCUUGCCAACCCCUCGCAGGAGCCGUCGGUUCUCAACGAAAAUUUCAGCGGCCUCUGUUACCGUGCAGUCACACCAAAUUAUCUCCUAGAGAACAGUUGCGGGACCACGAGGAUAGAGUUAGCAGAUUGGAAUCCGAGCUGGACGAACAUAAACGGCAUCCUCCCGAAAGAGGAGCUAAAGCUUUAGCCGUACAAAAUUAUAAAGAGAAGGCUGCAUAUUUAUAUCACGAGUUAAAGAGGUAUAAGACGUACGCCUACUUGUUACGUUCAAGACUGGCAUUCACAGAGGUCGAACCAUCUCUGGUAGAGAGCAGUAUCGGUGAAGUGGAUGAAGGAAGCGGUGCUUUGUUGAAUGCUGACGUAGCGUUAGUACCUCCUCCAGUUCCUGAUCGACCAGCCAUAAAUAGGUACAGUUACAGGGCUGCCAUUUACAACCGUAAUCUUCUAAACGGUCAGGACUACUGCGGGGAUAUUGGUUGACGUGUGAUGGGUGUAUUUUCAGCAUGUGUGGUCUAAUCCGUUGCUGCUCCUACAAAAAAUAUGCGCAGCUAUACGGAAACAUUAGCUCAAAUUUCUAAGAGAUAUUAACCGAUUACUAACGAUGUAUUCGAUUCCAUCACUUGUUAAGUACUGUACCUUAUUGUACCUUGUACUCACACACACUAUCUCUUUUAAUACAUAUAACCAUCAUUUACAACAGGCGAUCAUUAAUACGGUAGUUGUAAUAUUCGUACGACAUUAUAAUCAAUCGAUACAGCAGAUUUCUAAACGAUAUGAAUCAUUUCUGUUUCUUUAUUCUAAUUUCAAUUAUAUUUUCAAAUUAUCUUGAAAGAUGAUAAACGUAAAGAUUUAUUAAAUCCUUUUACAAAUGUUGUUCGAAGAGAAAACGUUUGGAAAUUUUUUCUUCUUUUUCUUUUCUUUUCUUCUCUUUUUUCUUUUCUUCUCUUUUUUGGAGCGUGAUCGAUAACUAAUGUGUAGAAUAACUUGUACUUAAAAAAUAUCAACGAGAGGAUCUUGUUCUUAUUAAUUACCAUGUUAAAAAUAUUGAGAAAGCUGCUGUUUUAUAUUCGUCUGUACAUAAAAAAAAAAAAAAAACAAAAAAAAACAAGAAAAAAACAAAAAAAACAUUAAACUUGCAUCAAAUGAAUGUUCGGUGGUGAUUGGGUAACGGUAAUAGACUAACUCGGCAUUAGUGUAAAUUACUCGCUAAUAACUAUAAACUCAUAGAAUCAUUAUAACAAUUAAAUAUCUAGAAAGGCUCGAUUCAAUUUCGUGCCUUUGGAAAAAAUAUAUAAAACAAGAACAUGUAGAGUGGUAAUGAUGGUACAAUAUUCACAUACACAUACAUACAUACACAUUUAGAAAACGAUCGAUCAGGCAUCUGCAUGUUAGCAAAUAAUUAUAAUAAUGUUUUAUUCGAAACGAAUUCUUAUAGAUAACAAUAAAAGGAUUUUGUCUUUUUAUUGCUAGAUCUAUAGUGAAACUACAAGAAACCAAAGUUUUGGAUGCAAAAAGAAGUUGUCAUAUAUCAUAUAUAUGUGUGUAUAUAUAUAUAUAUAUAUAUAUAUAUAUAUAUAUAUAUAUAUAUAUAUAUGAUAUGUAAUAUAAAAAAUAUAUAAUCAUGUUUUCUCCUCUCGACAAGUAAAGAUAUAUUCGACUAAUAUUCGGUUAAAAACAUUACACGAUAUUCGAAAGUAUUUAUCAUAUCUACGUGUAAUUGUUUUGUUAUCAGAUAAAACAAUAUUUAUCGUUAUGAAAACAUCUUAGAAUCUUUUCAUAUUUUAAAUUACUGUUCUUCAUUUAUUUUUUCUUUUUUUUUUCUUUUUUGUUUUCUUUUUCUAAUUUUUUUCUUUUUUCUUUUUCUUUUCUUUCACUAACAUUUCAUAACAUGGCUCAUUAGCUUGUUUUAAAUUACAUCCGAACGAUGUAAAAAGAUAAUAUUGCUUUUUGUUUUCUUACUUUACUUUAAAAAAAGAAAAAGAAAGAGAAAUAUACUAAAAUUAUGUAUGUCUAUUCUUUGCAAAUAGACAUGCUAUAUUAUUAUUAUGUAGAAGAAAGUUGCUUUCACGAUGCUACGAUAAUUGCAACUUCCAUGUCUUAUCAUUUAUCUUUUUCUCAUUAUACAAAUAGCGCAUUUUUAUCCAAUAAUAUUUUUCUCCAAUAGAUAAGAUCUUUAUAGAUCAUAGGUGUUUAACGAAUAUAAUUAUAAGUAUAUUUAAUGAGUAACUUUUGAUAAAUUUCGUAGGCUGCUAAAUCUCACGGGUGAUCUUGGGUUUGCAGUUAAAGAGAUGUUAUCAAAUUUAUUCAAAUUAUUCCAAAUAUGAAAAUUGGAAGAGGUAUUAUUUGGAAAUUUAUGAAAUUUUUGUUUCAAUUUUUUGUUUACUUCUUUAUUUCUUUUUUCUUUUCAUUUUCUUUUUUUGUAAUCGCUCAUAGUUAUAUUUUUAAGGAAUAUAUAUCACGACGCGUAUAUGUCAACGAUAACGAUUGUUAAGAAAUGAAUUUAUGAGAAUAUCAUAAACAUGAAAAGUGAAGUUUUUAUUACUAUCAUAAUUUUUUUAUUUUACUAUUGAUUUGCAUUUUUUCAACUAAUACAAAUCACACUAUGGCUGAUGGCACUUAAAUGCUGUGUAAAUUAAGACUGGAUAAAUUAAGUUACGUUGAUGUGUUAAAUUGAAAAUUUACUCAUGGCACUAAAAGAAAAAAAAAAAGCAAAGAAAAAACCAAAAAAAAGGCGAAAAAACGAACUAUGUUCCAGACAUUUUAAUGGUCUUAUAUUAAUGAACUAUUUCUAUUUUCAUAUCUUAGUAAUUUAGCAGGACAGUUAAAUUAUAUGCGUUGUAGUAGAAAUUUUUGUUUUACUAUUUCAUUUAUGUGAUUUAAUGAUGUAUAAGAUUUUACAUGUCUAUGACUUUCUGUAUAACAAGUUAAAAGGUUACAUCAAAAUAGAAAUAUCUUCGGUUUUCAAUAAUUUCAUUGAUAUGUGACU